AUGGGUUUGGUGAGUCCAUACAAACGUGUCAUAAUUUUCGCUUUAGAUGGUGUCGGAAGAUUUUUUAAUGAAGUACCAACUCCCACCAUCGAUGAAUUUUUUUCCUCAGGUGCUAGUUCAUUGACUGCAAAAGCAGUAAUUCCAACUGAUAGUGCUCAAAAUUGGGGUUCGGUAUUGCAUGGCGUUCUUCCCGAAAAGCACGGAUUAAAAAAUGGUGAUGUAGAAGCUGGUGUACCAUUUAAUGAAAAUAGCAAAUAUCCAAGUAUUUAUAAGCUACUUUCUAAUAAUUCAAAAGAUAUUAAAUUGGCAUCUUAUGCAGCAUGGGAACCAAUUAAUACCGGUAUAAUUGAAUUAUCCGUUAAAGCUGAUUUAUACGCUCCUCUCACUCAUGAGAAUUUUUUUUUGAGAUGGUGGCUUCGUUUUAAACAUAAUUGUCUUAAAGAUUCAGUAUAUGAUAAUAUUGUGGUCUCACGAUUAGUUGAAUACAUUCAUAAUCCAGAAAAUAAAGAUGUAAAUUUAUUAUUUAUUCAUUUAACUGAUGUAGAUGAACAUGGACAUGGUUAUGGUUUUGGUUCCCAACCAUAUUUAGAUCAAAUAAAAAUUAUGGACUCCCAAAUCGCAACGAUUCUUAAAGCUAUUGAUGAAGUUGGUUGGAACGACGACUCUCUUGUAAUAAUGACAACUGAUCAUGGUGGUAUCGGUAAAAAACAUGGUGGAAGUAGUGAUCAAGAAGUUAAUGUAUUUUUAGCUAUUCGUGGCGUUGGUAUUAAACCAAAUUCGAAAAUUGAAAGCGAUGUAACAAAUAUGGAUUGUGCAGCUCUAGCUCUUUAUGCAUUGGGAAAAGAUAUCCCUGAAUGGUUUGAUGCAAAAUUACCCACUGAAUUUCUUCGUAGUUCUUAA